AUGCAUGCAGGUUCUUCAAUCUUAAUUGCCAGGCAUAGAGAGUGGUUUUGGAUUCUUAAAGCUAAAAGGUUAGUAAAGCAAGUUCUUUCUAAAUGUGGAAUGUGCAAGCGUUACAGAUCUAAACUCUUGGAAGUUUCUUUGACUCCGCUAGCUAGAGAUAGAGUUACUCAGACACGAGUCUUUGAGGUUUCUGGUGUGGAUUAUGUUGGUCCCCUCUACCUAAAGUCAAAAGGUAAAGUUUGGAUCGUGUUAGACACUUGCGCCGUAUACCGAGCGGUCCAUAUCGAAUUAGUCCAGUCACUCAUUACAGAUGUUUACAUUCAAGCCUUAAGACGAUUUAUUGCAAGAAGAGGCAGGAUUUCAAUUCUUUUUUCGGAUAACGGCUCGAACUUCCUAGGAACAAACAGCGAGUUAGAAACCUUAGAUUGGAACAAGAUAGCAGUGUGCUCAACAGCUCAGAAAAUCACUUGGAAAUUUAUUCCACCCAAUGGUGCAGUGGGUGGUGGGAGCUCAAGGAACUUCUGCGAAGAGUGA